GGAUCCGGCGGAGCUUCAUGUGGCUCUCGGUGGUGGCUCGGGGGAUCCUCUGCCUCCUGCCCCGGGCGCGGGUUCGGGUCCCGGCCCAGGCCCAGGCCGCCCGCUCCCUGCGGGGCUCCAGAGGCAGCGGGGAGCCCGGGGCCGGGGGGAAGGAGUUGGAGGAAAUAAUCAGAGCUGAGAAGCGGAAACAGAAAGCCAUUAAGUAUCGGAGAAUUCAGGCAGAGUUGGGUCUUUCUGGUCCUCCCCCACGGACCCUAACGACACAAGCAAUGCAGCAGAUGAGGUUUUUGAGAGCAAAGUCCCCAGAGGAGUGGAGUGUGUCACAGCUGGCAGAGGGAUUUUCAGUGAGUGAAGAUGUUGUCCUGAGAGUGCUGAGAAGCAAGUUCACCCCUUCAUUGAAGAGAAUGAUGAAGCAAGAUGCAAAUGUUAAAGGACAGACUCUGACUCUCCCACAGAGGACAAAGCAACUGACUGCCAGUUCUCUGAAUGUAAAAGCAGUGAUCGAAUCUAAACCGAUCACAGAUGACACUAUCCAGCCCAGACUCUCUUCGGACACAGUAAUCCGCCCUGCACAAUCUGAUUUAAAUAGUAAAAUGCACAAAACCACUGGAAGGAAAACUGGCAGAAUGGAUCUUGUCCAACAGAGUGUCUCCAAGAAGCUCCAAUCUCAAAGCAGUGCUGAUACGAAGGGGGUCAGGUCUGGAAGAAAGGUGGUUGAUUGUGUGGAGAGGGAAGAAUACAAUGAAACCAGCAGCAGUCCGUCUGAUGGGGAACAAUUACUGGGUCUUCCAGAGACUGAUGAGGAUUUGCAGAUGUUCAUUGCAAGUGGGUCUGAAAACCAUAUUAAGGUUGUACAAAAGGGUUGUGAAUUUUAUGACCAGGAAGGCAACUUUCUGUACAGGGUUAGUCAUGUGGACUCCUUAACUAACCCUAAACAGGAAAAUUAAUUUGUACAAUAAAAUCACUCAUGAAUCUAA